AUGGCGCAGCGAGAAACGCUACGCGAGCGCCAGGAAAAUGAACUGGAAGUGAUAAAGUCCAUUUUUCACGAUGAAGUCGAAGAUUUGCGCCCUCGAGGCAAGUGGAAACCAUUGGAACUGCAGCUACAUCUGACGCCCCAGAAAGGAUCGGCAAAGGAGGCGUACGUAAAGGCUGAUCUGCUCGUCAGCUGUUCACCAAAGUAUCCCAAACAACCACCGAAGGUAGAGCUCCGGAAUGCCGUUGGACUUCCGGAUAGCUUGGUGCGCGAGCUGACCGAGCAGCUGCAGCAGCAGGCGGAGGAGCUGAAGGGCGAGGUGAUGAUUUUUCAGCUUGCCACCACCGUGCAGACGUUUCUGCACCAGCACAAUGUCCCACCGAAAGGCAGCUUUUACGAUGAGAUGCUGGCCAGCCGGCAGAAGCAGGCGUUGGCGCGCGAAAGCACGCUCGAAGCGGAAAAGGUCCAGAAACGGCAGGCGAUCCGCGAUGAGCUGCAGCGGUUGAAGAAGGAGCUGCAGCGGACGCGCCGCGAAUCGCGCCACAGUUUGAACGAAUCGAGCCCGAUGCACCGGAUGCACCACGCCAGUUCCUCGACCGAGAACAGCGACGGCGUGUUCUGUCUCGAGCACCGUCGGAGUGAGCUGUUGUAUCUUCGCGACGGUCGGAAAGUGUUACGCGGUGCUUGCCUUGGCCACUCGCAACGUGGCUGCAUCACGUUCCCGGGAAUCGACCAGCAGACGGGUGAACUGGUCUACUUGACCGAGUGGACCGUGUACUACGAUGGGGAGCCGGAUGCGGAGUGUAAAACCAUCCGAGGGCGCCCGGUAGAGACGGUGGUGGCCGACAUCGAGCGGCUCGUGGACGGGCUGACGUCGCUGAAGCACAAGAACGUGAUCGCGUACGAGAGCGUCCUGUGCCGGGUGGGCAAGGAAGCGCUAACGCUGUUCGUGGCCCAGGAGUUUAUUCUCGGCACCAGCCUUUUCAGUAUUUCCGGCCCGCUCGGGUGGAGCGUCGAGGGAGCAAGCAUGGUGGCCAAGGGCAUCCUCGAAGCCCUGAUCUACCUGCACAACAAUGGCGUGUCGCACGACAACGUGUCCGAUUCGACCGUGUUCAUGGACAACGCGGGCAUGGUGCGCGUGGCGGACUUUCGCCUCAUCCCGUUCAUCAUGGAGCUGACCGACGGGCAGUCGUGCCGGACGGCCGAUCUGCCCGCCCUCGGCACACUGAUCGAGGCCCUGCUGGCGCCGCACUCCGAGAUGAAGGAUUUCAUCGAACGGUGCAAAUCGGAACGCACCAUCUCGGCCACCGAUUUGCUCGAUCACCCAUUUCUCCGUCCAAUGCUGUUGCACCCGACGAUCGAGCCUGCCACGGUGACGGCCGCGAUCGAUCGAGCGAAGCGUCCCCAGCAGGGCACGGCGGCUCCAAACUGCGUGGUGCCGUACAUACUGUCGCCCCUGGCUAGCAGCUGUGCCGUGACCGGGCUCGAGAAGUCACGCAUACAGACGGAAUUCGAAAUCCUGUCCUACCUCGGCAAGGGCGCGUACGGUGAUGUGCUGAAGGCGCGGAACAAACUCGACAACCGCGAGUACGCCAUCAAGCGCAUUCGGUUGCCGGCGCGCAGCAAGCAGUUCUACAAGAAGAUGACCCGCGAGGUGGAGCUCCUGUCGCGGUUGAACCACGAGAAUGUGGUCCGUUACUACAACAGCUGGGUCGAAGCGAUCAGUGCCGCCGAUGCGGCGAUCUCAGCCGGCGACGGCCACAGCACACAGCUAAGCAGCUGCACCGAUGGGUGGUCCAUCGCUAGCACGAGCCGACCGAGUGACCGGAGAUCGGCCACCGCGGUAGCCGGAGCCACAAACGUCCCGAAGAAGGAACUGCACGACAAGAGCAACACCGACUGGUUGGUGGACUUUAUGCCAAACGAUUCUAGUAGCGACGAUGAAGACGAUGAGAGCAGUAGCGAAGAGGACUCCGAACCGGACAGUGGAAGCAGUAACGGCGCCGGUCCCGUUAGCAAAGUGCCCGAUGAGGACAGUUCCGGAGGGAUCGAGUUCAUCGGCUCGAACGGUGAGGUGGCGUCGUACAAUAGCUUCAGCGAGGGUGUGUCCGUGGUUGCCGAAAACGGUGGAGCAGCGAUCGCGAUCGCGGAAGGCAAGCCGGCUGUCGCGCCGGGCGGACCGGAGGUACUGUACAUGUACAUCCAGAUGGAGUUCUGUGAGAAGUGCACGCUGCGUACGGCGAUCGACGGCGGCCUGUACCAGGACGUCGAUCGGGUGUGGCGCCUGUUCCGUGAGAUCGCCGAGGGCCUCAGCCACAUCCACCAGCAGGGCAUGAUCCAUCGCGAUCUGAAGCCGGUCAACAUUUUUCUCGACUCGCGCGAUCAGGUAAAGAUCGGAGACUUUGGGCUAGCCACCACCAGCAUUGUGGCGCUACAGAAUCAGGGCCAGGCAAACGGACAUUUGGCCGUCUCGGCGAGCCCCGCCCAGAUGGGCAAAACGUCCGACGCCAUGGGCUGCUCGCUGACGGGGAAGGUUGGCACGGCCCUGUACGUUGCACCGGAACUGACCGGUAACGCUUCCCGCUCGACCUACAACCAAAAGGUGGACUUGUACUCGCUCGGCAUCAUUCUGUUCGAGAUGAGCAGCACUCCGCUGGCUACCGGCAUGGAGCGGGUGAAGACGUUGAUGGAUCUCCGCUCGGAUCGGGUACGGCUGCCGGAAGCGAUGCUGUCCGAUGGCCGCUGGGCCCGGCAGGUUCAGGUGAUUCGCUGGCUGCUCAAUCACGAUCCCCACAAACGACCCACGGCCGAGGAGCUGCUGUCGUCCGAGCUGGUGCCACGCACCCGCCUCGAAGCGGAAGAGAUCCAGGACGUUGUGCGGCACAUCCUGUCGAAUCCGCAGUCGCGCCACUACAAGCACCUCAUAGCGCGCUGCUUUGCGCAGGAAAGUGACACGAUCUGCGAGCUGAGCUACCAUUUCGACAUGGUGCCGAUGGUGCCGAUUUUGCCCCGCUUCGACUACGUCAAGGCGCGGCUGGUUGCGCUCUUCCGGAAGCACGGUGCGGUCGAGGUCGUGACGCCACUGCUGACGCCCUUCACCAAGCAUCAGGCCCGCUCGAACACGGUCCGGUUGAUGACACACUCGGGCAGCAUCGUGACGCUACCGGAGGACCUGCGGCUGCCGUUCCUUCGGCACGUGGCCCUCAACGGCAUCCGGCACAUCCGCCGGUACUCGAUCGGGCGGGUGUACCGCGAGAAGAAGGUGUUCAACUUUCACCCCAAACAGGUCCACGAGUGUGCGUUCGAUAUCGUGACCCCGAGUAGAGGUCACCUCAUUACCGACGCGGAACUGCUGGCGAUCGCGUGCGAUGUGCUGCGCGAGCUCAAUCUGCUACAGAACCGGAACGUGUUCUUUCGCCUGAACCACAUCGGGCUGCUGCGGGCCCUCCUGGCACACUGUGGCGUACCGGCGGACCGGUACCGCGAGCUGUUCGAGCUGGUGUGCGAGUUUUUGGACGACAAAAUCUCCAAGUUUCAGCUGUCGGCCCUGAUCAACGCGCAGAUCGGUGGUCCCGGGUCGAAGGUUAACGUGGCCUACCUGUGCGACGCACUGCAGCUCGAGGUACCGGUGGACCAGCUGGGUGGCACCAUACUCAAGACCAUCAUCCGGGGCAAGGGAGAACCGGCCAACUUGGCCAAGCUGGCCGUCCGCGAACUGGAGCUGGUGGUUGCCCUGGCGCAGCACCUGGGCGUGCAGUGUCCGCUGAACGUGUGCCCCGGACUACCGGUGAACUACGAGCGCGCCAAAAGUGGCGGCGUGGUUUGGCAGCUGCUCGGGGAACUGAAGCCGAAGCGCAAAAAUCCGCUCACAACGAUCGCGGUCGGUGGACGGUACGAUGGCAAGCUGCACGAGUUCCAGAAAUCCGGCAUCAACAAUGGCCUUCCGGUGCCGAAAGUUGAGCUGAGUGGGGCCGGAUUUUCCUUCCUGCUCGAUAAGCUCGUCAACGCGAUCGCACACACUGCCGGUUACGAGCCGAUCGAGGUGAUGAUCUGUGUGACCGGUUCGCGGCCACAGCUGAAAGAGGUCGCCACCGUACUGCGGCCACUCUGGUCGAACGGCAUCAAAACGGCGGUGGUCGAAACGAGUGCCGGUGCGGUCGAUGAUCUGGGCAAGGAGGCCGGCGCGAAGGUGGUCGUGCUGAUCGGGGAUGGAGGCGAGCUGCGGGUGCGAUCGUGGGACCACGAUCGCUUCCAGGAGCGCCACGUGACGCGUCCGGAUCUGAUUGCCUACGUGCUGAAAACGUUUCGCACAGAUGCGGCCACGAACGAUACAUCGCAAACGUCACUGCUCAGUACGUCCCUCGGCGGCGGCUGUGGCGGUGGCGGCGGCGGAGGCGGAGGAUCAUCGUCUCUGUCCUCGUCGUUUUGUGCCUCCUUUUUGCCAUCCUCGUCGGCGGCCAACCAAUCGCAGUCGGCCAAUUGCGGUGCCCCGCCGCUCGAUCUCGUGUUUCUCACGACCGAGAAGGUCAACACGAGCAAAAAGCGUCGCUACGAGCACCAGGUCGAGCACAAGCUGUCGGCGGUGCUGUGCAAGUUCCAUCGGAAGGAAAAGGUCACACUCAUCAUGGUGGAUCUACCGAGUUUGCCGUUGCGCGGCCUGGUAGGUCUGAUCGAUCCGCUGGAGUGCGGUUCGCAGGAGGACGACGAUGAUCUGCUCGCCGGCGGACCGUCUAUCGAUCGGGCCGAGUUGCAGUGCCUCUGCGAACGGUACCCGAAGUACAAACGGCAGCUAACGGAGCUUUACAGCGAAAUAGUGGAUCGGUUCACGCAGAGCAAAGGCCGAACGCCGAUCGUUGGCGUGUACAGUGUCAUCGAUACCUUUUGUCGUCUCAUUCUGUGAAUCUCUCGUACGACGGACGCGCAGAUUAUUAGACGACAGUGUUUUACAACGGAAACCCUCUCUACAGUACGGCAUCUUUGUGUAUCAUUAAAUGUGGCUUAUUUGUAA